CCUGGGCCUCAAAAUUUUAGGCCCAUAGAGGAUGGAAAAAAUAAAUAAAUAAAUAAAGUUAGGGCAAGUUUCAGACGACACAAUCUGCUUCGACAAGGGCGCAGCCUCCGCUAUCGCCUCAGGUGACAAGUUUUGGCUUCUAACACAGAGACAGCCCAUUGAAAUAGAAGAGAGCGCAGAAGAAGCUCACACAACACGGCCAUGGCACCCAGGGCUAAGGAGAAGCCAAAACCCUCGAAACCCUCGCCAUCGACGGCAGCACAGCCGACCAUCGCCAUCGAAGAUUUGUUUACAUCUCUCAAUCGACACAUCCAACGAUCAGAGUAUGGGCCGGCGAUCAAAAUCACGGAUCAAGUUCUCGCAAUUGCCCCUGGCGAUGAGGACGCAAUUCGAUGCAAGAUCGUGGCAUUAAUCAAGGCUGACAACAUUGACAAAGCUCUUUCAGCAAUCGAGUCUUCUCGGAGGCUUCCCAUUGAUUUCAGUUUCUUCAAGGCAUACUGCUUAUACAGACAAAAUAAACUAAGUGAAGCUUUGGAAACCUUGAAAGGCAAAGAGGAAAACUCUGCGACUAUGUUAUUAGAAUCUCAGAUCCUAUUUCGCUUGGGAAAGGUGGAUGAUUGUAUAGAGAUUUAUGAAAGACUUCAGAAAUCUAAGAUCGACUCAUUAGAGAUAAAUCUCGUUGCUGGUUUGGUUUCUGCUGGGAAAGCUUCUGAAGUGCAGGGGAAGAUGGAGGCACUCAGAGUGAAAGCAACCAGCAGCUUUGAGUUGGCAUACAACACAGCUUGCUCAUUGAUUGAAAUGAACAAGUACACAGAUGGUGAACAACUCCUACUGUCAGCUCGAAGAAUUGGACAGGAAUCACUAAUGGAAGAGAAUUUGGCUGAUGACGAGAUAGAGAUUGAAUUGGCUCCUAUUGCCGUCCAGUUGGCAUAUGUUCAGCAGCUCCUGGGACACACACAAGAAGCAAGUGGAUCUUAUACGGAUAUCAUAAAACGAAAUAUGGCAGAUGAAUCAUCGGUUGCGGUGGCAAUAAACAACCUUAUUGUAUUGAGGGGUCCAAAAGAUGUAUCUGAUAGUCUGAAGAAACUUGACCGUCUCGUAGAGAAAGGCAAUGGGCCACAGGGCUUCCAGCUUGCUCGUGGACUUGAUUUGAAGCUUUCACCAAAACAAAGGGAAGCAAUAUACACCAACCGGGCAUUGCUUCUACUUCAUUCUAAUAGGAUGGAUCAGGCUCGAGAACUUGUUGCUGUGCUGCCCGACAUGUUCCCUGACAGUGUGAUGCCAGUACUGCUUCAAGCUGCUGUUUUGGUCAGAGAGAACAAGGCUGGAAGAGCUGAAGAAAUACUAGGGCAGUUUGCAGAGAAGUUCCCGGAUAAGUCUAAGGUGCUUCUCCUUGCAAGGGCACAAGUUGCUGCUGCUGCUAGCCACCAUCAAGUUGCGGCUGAGUCCCUGGCAAAGAUUCCUGAAAUUGAACACAUGCCUGCCACUGUUGCCACUCUUGUGACUCUUAAAGAACGUGCUGGAGAUAUUGAUGGUGCAGAUGCUAUUCUGGAUUCAGCAAUCCGGUGGUGGUCAGAUGCAAUGACUGAAGACAACAAGCUCAAUAUCAUUAUGCAAGAGGCAGCUUCUUUCAAGCUCAAGCAUGGACGGAAGGAGGAGGCUGCCCGUUUGUUUGAGGGUCUUGUUAAAAGCCAUGGAAGUAUUGAAGCUUUGGUUGGGCUGGUUAGGACAGCUGCUCAUGCAGACAUUGAUAAAGCAGAAGCUUACGAGAAGCAACUGAAACCGCUGCCUGGUCUGAAAGCAGUUGAUGUGGAUAGUUUGGAGAAGACUUCUGGUGCAAAACAUGUUGAUGUGGGAAUCACUGAAUCGUAUGAAGCUAAGAGUAAAGAGAAAACAAAGAAAAAGAGGAAGAGAAAACCGAGAUACCCAAAAGGGUUUGACCCAGCGAACCCAGGUCCUCCACCAGAUCCAGAACGGUGGCUACCUAAGAGGGAGAGAUCUAGUUACAGGCCGAAAAGAAAGGACAAGAGAGCUGCUCAGAUCCGGGGUUCGCAAGGUGCAGUGACUAAAGAGUCUGUCAACAUUGUGAAUUCAAAAUCAAAUCAAUCUAAUUCGAAAGGAUCAUCACAGCAGGAUGCAGCUGUAGAGCAAUCAAAACCUUCGUCAUCCAAGUCUUCUAGGAAGAAGUCUAGAAAAUAACUUCGGAAAAAAAAAUUAUUAUUUUUUUUUUAAAAAGUUGAUUUUUCUUUCUUUAAAUCAUUCAUACUUGAACGAUCUGUUUCGGUGUCAUUAGGGACCAAGAUAAAAUUUUGGAAAUUUUAUCACUGGCCUGUGUUUUGUCGUGUUUAUUUCAUUUUGUGGCAUUAAAGACUCUAUUUGGCAACAGGUAAGGCCUUAGGUGCUAUUUAAUAAUAAUGAUUAUUAGUUUUUGGUUC